AGUUGUGGACACGUGACCCGUUCACCUGUGCCCGUGCGUGUCCAACCUGUUUAUCUUUGCUGCUCCUCUGGCUCUCCGCUCAAGGAUAAAUUUAGAUUCCCGUCGUUUACACUGAAAAUCUGACUUUUUCCACGUGUUUCACAGAGUAAACGCUUCAGGCUACCGCAGUAGUACGUUUUUUGUUACAAGUUUUGUUUGAGUUUUUACUCGGUGACUGUGUGGACUUCGACCUCGGUAAGACACCUGUUUCAAACAAGGAAGUCCAGUCUGUUGAACCCGUCGUUGAUUGAGUCGACGGGCCUUUUGUAAAUGGCAGUAAAUGAGGUCGUUGGCAUUGUGGACAGUACAAUCUAAACGGGAUAAAGCUGCUCCCACCGUCCCCGUGACAAGGUGAGCUGUUUGACGGUGAAUUUUAAGAGAGUGAUCAUUUAAAUAGAUGAACACUUCUUUUGAAGGCAUGGAUUCAUCAACCGAAAAUAAUUCUAUUGUUCACCUGGCUACACCAAUUCUCCCAGACAAGUCAGACAUCUCCAAUAUGACUAUUAUUCGAACAAGCAACGGGUCAAUCAUAGAAGACCAGAUGUUCUUAAACACAUUGGCAGCUCAGGGCCUCUCAGGGAUAUUCGUCUGGUCCGCCUUGCUCAUAACAUGCCACCAGAUCUAUACACACCUUCGAUCCUACACUGUCCCCAAUGAGCAGCGCUACAUCAUCCGCAUCCUGUUUAUCGUGCCAGUUUAUGCCUUUGAUUCUUGGCUCAGCCUGCUUUUUAUCAGCAACGACCAGUACUAUGUCUACUUUGAUUCUGUUCGAGACUGCUACGAAGCAUUUGUCAUUUACAAUUUCCUGAGCCUGGCCUUUGAGUAUCUGGGAGGAGAGAGUGCAAUCAUGUCAGAGAUCCGAGGGAAGCCCAUCCAGUCAAGUUGUCUGUAUGGUACCUGCUGCCUUGGUGGAAUGAGCUACUCCAUUGGCUUUUUAAGGUUCUGCAAACAGGCGACUCUCCAGUUCUGCGUAGUCAAACCCAUCAUGGCAGUCAUCACCAUCAUCCUGCAGGCCUUUGGCAAAUAUCAUGACGGAGAUUUUAACAUAAAUGGAGGAUACCUAUAUAUCACAAUCAUCUACAACUUCUCAGUCAGCCUGGCUCUCUACGCUCUCUUCCUUUUCUUCUUUGCAACAAGUGACCUGCUCAGACCGUAUGAACCCGUGCUAAAAUUCCUCACAAUCAAAUCUGUCAUCUUCUUAUCCUUCUGGCAAGGAAUGGUCCUCGCCAUCCUGGAGCGCUGCGGCGUCUUACCCAAUGCGCUCUUCAUAGAUGGAGAAGAGGUCGGCGCCGGAACCGUGGCAGCAGGCUGGCAGAACUUUAUCAUCUGCAUCGAAAUGUUCUUUGCUGCUAUAGCCCUCCGAUAUGCCUUCACUUGCACCGUUUACCAGGAGAAAAAAAAUGAAGUACCAGAAAACAUCCCUCCUAUGCACAGCAUCUCCAGCGGUCUGAAGGAGACCAUAAACCCGGGAGACAUGGUACAGGAUGCCAUCCACAACUUCUCCCCAGCCUACCAGCAGUACACGCAGCAGUCCACACAGGAGGUGGUCCAGCCCAGCACCAACGGAAAAGUGGCCACUGGCAACAAGAGCUCCCGCAAGUCUGACAAAAUCAUGCUGAUUACCUCUGAUGAUGAGUUCUAGGCAUGUUUACAGCAAGAUCCAGGUGUUUGUGUCCUUGCCACCCCUAUCUCUAACCCCCUGGGGAAAUGGCUGUAUCACAUACUGCACAGAGCUGGAUUGAAUCCAGGUGUUUAAUUUUCAUUAUCCCAGUAUUUACGAUGGACUGCUUGCUUUUGUCCUAUUUUAAUGAAUAAUUUAAGCACCAAGAGGAGGGAGAAUUAAUAGUAGUUUAUAAAAGUGAUAGCUCAAUGACCAGAGAACUGAUCUGUCUUCAUCUCAGCAGUAAUAAUCACAGGAAAUGACAUGGAAGUCACCUUCACUGUAUCGGAGACAUCUGGAGCUAUGCAUUUUUUUUAAAUAAAGCUGCUGGAUGUUCAGCAGUGUCCCUGAUCCUGAUUCUGUUUUGUUCGUUAUAACAGUGCUCACUCUCUGGCCGUCUGAAGUGCAUUCCCUCUGAUUCAUGUCAGUUUCAAAGAGGAGAUGAUUAUUAUGGGACUCCAGGAGGGAAACGGGGAAGCCAGCGAUGGCUGGGAAUGACACUUAAUGGACCAUCUCUCGCAUCUGCUUGUUUGAAGUAUUUGCUGAGCAUUCCUCUGUAUGGUUUCCUGACAAAUGGAAAGAUUUGUUCAGAGACACAUUCGUUUUGGAGCAGGCACUUUUACACUGCAGACUAUUGCUCUUCACAAUCCUUUGUAUAUACCGUAGCAUGGACAAACUGGAUAAACCUGUCUCCUACAAAGUGGGAGUUGUAUUAUUGUCAUUAUUUUUCCCAGCAUGCUAAAGAGUUUAAUUCAGUGCAACUAGGCUGUUCAACCAAUGCUAACAAUUAGUCUUUUUGCAGCUUCUACACUAUUUUAUAUAUGCUUUUGGAAGAACCUAUGUUUGACGUUUUCACAUCACUAUGUAUGUUAGAAUUUCAUGUACCACAUAUUAUGAAAUAUAAUAUACAUAAUUUGAUGGGUAUACAUUGUGGUGUUUAAUAUGAUGUAUUUGUGUAAAGAAACUCUUUGGAUUAUGACAUUUUUAUCUAUUUAAUGUGUGUAGUUCAGGCAUAGUCGGACCAAACCAAAUUCUGUGUGGGGAAAAGAGAAACGCAAACAAAUCUGUGCUUUAAGAGACUUUGUAGUUUCUUCUCCCACUUUGUUUUUCUCUAGAAAUGUUAUUUGUGUUUGUCACAUAGGAGAGACAUAGUUAAGCUUUCUAAGUGUGUUAAUUAUUGGAGACCAAUUCUGUAGCCUAUAUUAAGUCGUAAGUUUUAAUUUCCAUACCCUCUUGUGCCAAUUAUAGCUGUCUUUCUUGGAAAACAGAAAUUACUGUACAGUUGGGUACAAAGUAAUAUUUGAAAAUAUAAGAAAUAGUUGAAUUGUGUGUCUUAGUCCUGUGUGGCACUCGUACAAAAUUAAACAAUUGUUUUUGCUUGUGUAACUUGAA